AUGGCGGCGGAACAACGAAAAUUGCUUGAACAGCUCAUGGGCGCCGGUGCGUCCUCGCGCUCCGCCCAACUCUCCAUCACCGAUCCCAAGGUUUGCCGGUCAUUCCUCGUCGGUACUUGUCCCCAUGACCUCUUCACCAAUACCAAGCAAGACCUGGGGCCCUGUCCCAAAGUUCAUUCCGAGCCUCUGAAGGCCGAGUACGAAGCUGCCUCGCCUGCGGAGAAAGCAAAAUGGGGAUUCGACUACGAUUAUAUGAGGGACCUGCAGAAAUAUAUCGAUGAGUGUAAUCGUCGGAUUGACGUCGCGCAGAGGAGGCUAGAGAAAACACCUGACGAGAUCCGGCAAACGAAUGCGCUUUUGAAGCAAAUUUCAGAUCUGUCUAAGAGCAUUGAGGCAGGUCUGCUAGAGAUACAAGUGUUGGGGGAACAAUCAGAGGUCUCAAGGGCAUACGAGGAAUUCUUCCGGAUUCGACAAGCGAUGCAGACAAAGGGUGACAAGGAAAGAGAAUUGAAGGCGUUGUCAGAUACCAGUGGGCCGAGCGGGCAUCAGAAAUUACAGGUGUGCGAUGUGUGUGGUGCAUAUCUGAGCAGGCUGGAUAAUGAUAGGAGAUUGGCGGAUCAUUUCUAUGGAAAGAUGCAUCUGGGGUACGCGCAAAUGCGAAAGACGUAUGACGCUUUCCCUAAGGAGUUGAAGACACGCAGUAGGCCCCUGGCGGAGGAUAGUGAAGGCCCUUCAGGGCGGGGAUAUGACGGUGGCUAUGGAGAUGGAGGUUUUGGCGGCAGGAGUGGCGGAUAUGGAGGGCGUGGUGGCGGACGGGGUGGAUUCAGAGGCAGAGGGAGAGGAUACAGGGGUGGGUGGUAA